UUCAAGUUGAGCUUCCGCUGGCCCGCCGUCUCACACUAUUGGCGUCGCUUACCUCCCGCACAGCAUUCCACUCAAGUACCAGGUUGCACCUUCGUGUUCUUUUUCCUGCGCGUGCAUCCACUACCUUCCCAUUCUCGACAUCGCUGUAUCAUGGACACCAAGGCCCCACUCUCACUCGACGCCUUCAUAAAGCUGGCCUUCUGUCUAGAAGGCCGAGACAAACUUUCCAAGAUGCUGCAAUAUGGCAGUCGAGCGCUGGCCUUCUACGUCUUGUCGGCUGACCCUAAGAGCGACGUGGGUCAGCGUCUACACGCGCUCUACAAAGUCAUGCAGCAGUCUCGUAAGGCAUUUCGCCUUGGAAAGAGCGUCACGUACUACAAGAAACUGCAAACGCUGUCCGGUAGCAAGAGUCUCACUGAGACGCAGCGCUAUCUGCAGUUCAUUCAGAACCUGGGCAUGCUGGGCUACUUCUUGGCGGACAACGCGGCGUUUGCCAGCAAAGCCAAAGUGCUUCGCCUCGACGCAGACGAUCUGGCUCAACGUGGCGGCGUCAUGUGGUUCUGCGCCAACGUCGCGGGCUUUUUCAACGCCCUGGAGAGUCUCAACGCCGAUGUGGAGAAGGAGAAGUGUGUGAGGGACAUUUUGGCCUCUGAGGAGGACACAGCACGCGUUGAGACGCUGCAGAACCAACUGGAGACGCUGAGGAGCGGCCGCUUCAAGAAGCUUCUCGCGGUGCUUAAGGUCACGUGCGAUCUCAUCGUUUCCUCCAACACGAGCGGCGUGCGGCUGGCCGAGCGGAUCACGGGCACGAAGCUGCACGACGGCAUUAUUGGGUCGGUCGGCUGCGUGUCGGCUGCGGUCGUGCUGUACAACACGUGGCCAAGCGCACCGAAGAAAGCUCUACCGCCGAGCGAGACGGUAAAGGCCAAGACGGAAGGCAAGACGGAGACCAAGAGCGAGACGGAUUAAACUCGCGACGAACUGUCGGCUUCAUUG